AAAUAAAAGCUUGAAAAAAAAAGAACCCAGCGAGUCGCCAUUUUCAACCAACCAUUACCACGGGCAGAAAUCCGCCAACCCCCCCACCUCUUCAUUUUUUGGUUCUUCGGCCGGAUCGAUCUGCGAUUUCCAGCGGCACCGGUGGAUUUCCGUCAAUUUCAAGAAUAAUAAAAGAUUAGACCACCACACGUUGCUCCAUAUGCGCGAGUCUUCCAGUUCGCGACGCCAGUCAUUUUCUUCAGUGCGACCUUCGGUAACUUCAUCACGACCAUCAGAUUCCGGCUCACGCUCUCGGGGUCCAACGCCCAGCUUGCGGAAUCAUUCCCGUCAUUCGGACCAGGCCGAAACGCCAACUGCAGCUCCAUCUGUGGCGUCUCUGUUGCAGCAUCGGAGUGUGCAGAUCAUCCCGACGGACAUCGUGGUACUCGACACAGGAACCAAAAAAUACGACACGGGUGCCCUGAUCGACCUGUGCUCCCCGGUAAGCACCGGCGAUAGAUCGCUCGCUGCGGCGUUCCAUCUCCCUACGACAAGCGUCGGAGACGAGACGGUCUGUUCGGUGACUAUAAGGUCACGGACAGGCACCUUCGAAAUCGAGGUGGUGCUUAAGGUCAGCCCCAAUUUCUCCACUCGCACUCCAAUCCGUGCACUAGCCGACGAUGUUCGCGGUCGGUUUAACGAUAUCCGUCUAGCUGAUGAACAGUUUCAUCGCCCAGCGACGAUAUCUCUGGUUUUGGGCUCUGACGUUUAUCGUGAUGUCAUCCAACCCGGUUUCCUAAAUCUGAAUGAGGGGCUGCCUGUCGCACUAAGCACUGUGUUCGGCUGGAUUGUCUCGGGAUCAUGUAGACAAUCUUAAGGCGCCAGACGUGAAAAAAUUUUGUUGCUACGUUUAUCGUCGCAAGGGGGGGAAUGUCCGCACCAAGGAGGGGCCACUGUCGAUAUUAUUCGUUAACAGUCGAGAGCAGUUAUGUCCAGAUGAAUUCUCAUCUCGCACUCGGUCUGUUAACAGCCUCCACCCCCGCUCUCCUAACAUUAGAUUUAAGUAGAGUUAGUUUGUUGUACUUAAGAAGCCAUAAAGUGAAGUUUCAACGUUGUGAAAAGUUAUGAUAAAUUGUGAA